UGGAUUCUUAACCCACCCUGGAUUGAGUUUGACCUUUUCUCCCUCCCUAUAUAUACGCCACCACUCUUAGAUUCCUCUCCUCACAUCACGAUCACAGUGCCUCCACAAUAGUAAUAUACGCACCAGUUCGUUCCCACGAGCCAUGAAUCGUAGGGUGGCAGCAGCAGCGGCGCUGAGACAGCUCGGUCCACGCCUCUUCUCCACCGCAGCGAUCUCCCGCUCAGCUGCCGGAGGGACCUGGGAGCCAACGUUAGGCGUUUCACCGUUGGCCCUGAGUAGGUUCCUCAGCACUGCGGCGUCGAUCGGCGGGGAGGGGGCGGACGAACGAGCCGGCGCCAUAGCUUCCGCCAGUACGAAGAGGGAGGAGAAGGCGUUGGCGAGCUACUGGGGGGUGGCGCCUCCGAGGCUCUUCAAGAAGGACGGCACCGAGUGGCGAUGGACUUGCUUCAAGCCGUGGGAUACGUACUCGUCCAACGUCUCGAUUGACCUGCACAAGCAUCACGUCCCGACGACGUGGGGAGAUAAGUGUGCUCGUUGGCUCGUCAAGUCGCUCCGCGUCCCGACCGACAUCUUCUUUCAGAGGAGGUAUGGCUGCCGUGCCAUGAUGCUGGAGACGGUGGCGGCGGUGCCAGGGAUGGUGGGCGGAAUGCUGCUCCACCUCCGCUCCCUCCGCCACUUCGAGCACAGCGGUGGAUGGAUCAGGGCGCUGCUGGAGGAGGCGGAGAACGAGCGGAUGCACCUGAUGACCUUCAUGGAGGUGUCGCAGCCGCGGUGGUACGAGCGGGCGCUGGUGUUCGCAGUGCAGGGCGUCUUCUUCAACGCCUACUUCGCUGCCUACCUGCUCUCCCCCAAGCUCGCCCACCGCAUGGUCGGAUACCUGGAGGAGGAGGCCAUCCACUCCUACACCGAGUUCCUCAAGGACCUGGAGGCCGGCAAGAUCGAAAACGUCCCCGCCCCCGCCAUCGCCAUCGACUACUGGCGCCUGCCCGCCGACGCCACGCUCAAGGACGUGGUCACCGUCGUCCGCGCCGACGAGGCGCACCACCGCGACGUCAACCACUUCGCAUCUGACAUCCAUUACGAGGGGCAUGCGCUGAGGGAGCUCCCGGCUCCGGUCGGGUACCACUGAUUUGGUUGUUCAUCGGAGAAGCGAUGGGAUACCACGGAA